CAGACGCUGUGAAAGAAAUUAACGAAGAAGAAGAAGGAGGAAAUCCGAAAAGACGUCGAGUGACUCGUCCUUUUUCAAAUAUACGACCUUCGGCGUGACGUCACGGUCUUCUGUCCGAACGAACAUGGCGAACAUUAGAUGCGUCAAGGGUAUGGUAGGCCUGGUGACGGGCGGUUCGUCGGGCCUGGGUCGUGCCACUGUUGAACGUCUGGUGCAGAACGGAGCGUCGGCUGUGAUCCUGGACCUGCCCUCCUCUGAUGGGGCGGCUCUGGCUGAGAAACUGGGGGAGCGCUGUGCCUUCGCUCCUGCAGACGUGACAUCAGAGGCAGACGUGCAGUCGGCGGUGUCCCUGGCCAGAGAGAAGUUUGGAAAGCUGGACCUCGCGGUGAACUGUGCCGGCAUCGCUGUCGCCUUUAAAACCUACAACUUCAAGAAGGACUUACCUCACAGCCUGGAGGACUUCCAGCGCGUUAUCAAUGUGAACAUCGCAGGAACCUUCAACGUGAUCCGCCUGGCGGUGGGGGAGAUGGGAAAGAACGAGCCUGACGCGGACGGACACAGGGGCUGCAUCAUCAACACGGCCAGCGUGGCAGCUUUUGACGGACAGGUCGGCCAGGCGGCGUAUUCAGCUUCUAAAGGCGGCAUCGUUGGAAUGACUCUCCCCAUCGCUCGAGAUCUGGCACCCAUGGGCAUCAGGGUCGUCACCAUAGCACCUGGUCUGUUCUCCACCCCACUCCUGGCCGGUCUUCCAGAGAAGGUCCGCUCCUUUCUCGCCCGACAGGUGCCCUUCCCCUCGCGCCUGGGAGACCCCGCUGAGUUUGCUCACCUGGUGACGUCACUGGCUGAAAACCCCAUGAUUAACGGAGAGGUCAUCAGACUGGACGGAGCCAUUCGCAUGCAGCCCUGAGACAGACUGUGUGUGUGUUGUGUGUUGUGUGUUGUGUGUGGGUGUGUGUGUGUGCGCGUGUGCGCCACAGUAACAAAAAGUGUUGAUCAUAAACUGAAUCAAUCACAAGAACACUUUUGUGUGUGUGUGUGGCUGGUUGUUGAGUUUAAGUUGUCUAAGGCUGUUUACAGUAAAUAAACACUGUAAUAGAUCAACAAACAUUUUAUAAAGUUUGUGUAAGAAUGUGACUGAGAUUGUGUACAAAUGAGACUGUAUAUCAUUCAGAGCAUUGCAGGACUGUUUGCACUCCACUUUGGUUGUUUUGUAACUAAACCUGAUUAUAAUAAACCUCAGAUGGGUUUCAUGAUC